AUGAUAAACGAAAUGCACGACUACUGCAAACCGGCGGGAACCAGGAGAUUGCGUUUUCGAGACUGGCUCAAGCAGAAGCUUGACAACAAAGAAGGUGCGGAAUGGAUCGACCGAAGCCGUGGAUUGUUCAAAAUUCCUUGGAAACACGGAUCGCACCGCCUAUGGUGUGUUCGUUACGACUGUGAAAUUUUCAAACAGUGGGCUAUUUAUUCUGGAAAAUACACGGAAGGAAUCGAUCGCCCUAAUCCCAGCAAGUGGAAGACGAAUUUUAGAUGCACGUUAAAUGCGCUCCCUGAUUUUCGCGAAGUUAGGGAGAAAAGUUGCCCGAGAGGAAACGAGGCGUAUAAAAUUUACAUGAUGAAAAGCAACGACUCAAAACACGAGCGGAAGACCACUGGAGAAAAACGUAAGUCCUUAGAAAAGUAGAGGCUAUAUUUUCGUAGAAUUUUAAAACACACCACACAGCUUCAGUCAGAAAAAUGCAAAUUUCACACCCGAGAGCGCGGACCUUGGAGGAGUCACUUCAAAAUCACAUGACUACAAAACAUUCAAAUGUGUUUUGACGCAUUACUCCAGUUUAGAGUUCAGUCUUCAUUCUGGUCAUAUAAAAACAAUUCGAAAACUAUCCAUAGCUUACUCCGUUUCUCGUUUUUAAAAGACCCCCCCCCCCCCACCCCGCGUCAGAAAUACUCCUGUUCUAGAAACUGAAGGGGAGACUUAGUUUUUCACUUGCAUAUUUUUAGAUACUAUCUAAAGAAAAAACUUAAAUUUAUUUAUUUUAUUUCUUCUAACCUUCUGCCCAAAAUAGACGGAUGUGGUUGUUGUAAAAACAACAAGCUAUUAGAAAAAAAGAGAUAGACUCGCGGGAAGUACAAAAACCUGCUUGCCAAGCAACUUUGUGGUUCACACGAUUGAAAACUUGGAAACAUAGCAACUACUGAUCAAAGCUAAAGCCGCACCCUACAUCCUGACCACACCCUUUGGCGUAAAACAGGGAAAUUAAAUAAUAAAUUAUUACCAUUUUAAGGAAAGUUCUCUGGAAAGAAGCUACGGAAGAGAGAAUACUUUUAAAAGCGUCAAACCUCACAACAUGCAACUAAACCCAAUACGCCUUGCUUCCAAAUCAGUUACACAAAUUUCCGAACUAGCUCAGAGGUUUGGUUUAUGAUACUACGCGCGGGAUAGAACAUUCAUGCAUAUACUUUUUUAUGUACUUUACUAGACAAACUAUAAGCACUUUCGAUCUUUUAAAUCUGCAGCAUCUACACAGCAAUCGCUUGAUCUGCUGACGGAUAAGGAAAUAGUUCAGGUAAGUAUUGCUGGUGUCUUCCAUUUAAAUACUGAACUCACUCGAAAAAGAGCUUGUCUCGACCAAAGCACCGUCCUAAAUAAGCGCCGCAUUUGCAGCCCACUUAUCGACAUUUUUGUGCCAAUAUAAUACAAAUUUGUUGAAAAUCCUGUAAUUCAUAGAAUCAAUUUCAAAAUUAUCAUCUGAUAGAACUCCAAGUUUAUAAUUUAUAAUGUAAUGUAUUAAAGAUUGAGAGAGCAUAAUUGUUGUUGAGUUAACCCUCGGACGUACAAGGGGGGGGGGGGUGAGGAUUCCACCCCCCUAAGGUUUUUCUGAGCUUUUUCCUAGAGGAUAAAACGUCAGCACCUGAUAUUUUCAGUAGCUGUUCUUUCAUCCCUCGCGCGAAUUGUGAGUCAAGUUCAGUGAUGGUCAGUUUCUAUGGUUACGAGAUAUGAUGUCAUAAGUAGCAGGUGGUCAAGCCAUUUUUGAGUGAAAGUACACGUUUUUUCGACUUUUUCAACAAUAAAAUAUUGUGUUAUUUCAGGUAGAUGACCAUGCCUGUUGAAGCACCACAAAUUUUCUUGUGACCCAUAUUCUGUUAUUUUUUUAGCUGUUAGAUGACAUGAGGAGUUCCGUUCACUCGACUGAGAAGCAGGCUGCGCUAUCGCGUCGCCCAAUUUCAGCUUUCCCGGCAUUUGAAACUCUCGUGGUAGACAGAUCAAAAGGUUAGUAUGCUUCUUCCAAAUAUAAAAUACAUUAUACAUCUUGCGGCCGCUUUUCCACUAAGGCCACUGACGUUUGUCCUGGCGUGUACAUCAGGGGUCCCAGUGGGGUCAACUUGCCUACGGCUUCUUCCCAGGCCUUCUCGGUCAAUGCACUUCGGAGCCGUAUCCGAGACGAAGGGUCAAAAACUCGCUCAGAUCACGUGACCCGAAACGCGUGAGCCGUUACCUUUUUUCCAAUCCACGAAAAGGUCCCCAGAACAGAUGCUUCCUCCAUUACAGAGAAAUGUUCGUUUUUGUGUUGAAACGCUUUAAACCCGUCUUACAGAGGUUUACUGCUUGCUUUUUAUAGAAAAUUUCCCUCACGUCGCAUUUCACGCUACGCCUUGGCUCUUGGCGGCUUGGAAUGCGAUGGCGGUGGACAAGUUCGUUCCGAAACCAAAGAAGGAGAACGACAAAGGCGAUGAAAAAGACGACGGGGAUGAAGAUUCAUUUCACGCAUUUCACGCUACGCCUUGGAUCUUGGCGGCUUGGAAUGCGAUGGCGGUGGACAAGUUCGUUCCGAAACCAAAGAAGGAGAACGACAAAAGCGAUGAAAAAGACGACGGGGAUGAAGAUUCCAGUGGAAAAAAACCAGAGAAGCCUGAAGAUAAAACAUGUGAUUGGACAGCUAGACUUCGAGCAGUAAGGACAACCACUUGCCCUCUAAUAGACAGUAGAGUUCAGAAAGUCAGUGAAGCAGGGUCCGAUGAAUUACUGCUGUCGGGACUGUCGCAUUCUAAACUCCCACUAAUGUAGACAAAAUUCGACAUAAAGCCGUAAUCGUUGGUCAUGGCUUAAGAUUAGAAAAUAUUUAUGGGAUCCUUGAAGUUUUUAAAAUGACUACGGCCGAUCAUGACAGACCCCUCUCUGAGACAUUUUAAAUAACGUACCGGUCAGAAAUUGAUGCAAAUACUUUUGAUCUUUCAGAGUUCCCCAGAAGUUGACAAAUUUAUUGUCAAGGAAGGUGAGCGCUUCUUAAUUUCAAUCUUUUUAGAAGCAAAUACCGUAAAAUUCCGAAAAUAAGCCCCGGGGCUUAUAUUUUCAGUUCAAAGGCCCUUUUUGAGGGGCUUACUUUUGAAGGGGCUUAUAUUCGGAGGGGCUUACAUACGGAGGGAAAAUUGCGUUUCAAAAUCGGCUAGGCUUAUCAUGACUUGGAGGGAAAUUUGCGUCUCAAAAUCGAUUGGACUAGCUUAUAGUUGGAAGGAAAUUUAUGUCAGUAAUUUGUAGAAAGGUUUUACUGAAACUCGCCUUGAGGAAGUAGACCUUUCUAAAACGCAGCCAUGCAAGUACUUUGUCUAUAUGGACCGAGGAAAUUCAAGCCGCGAGUGGAGAGUACUGUGAACUACGCAAACAGCAAUAAGCUGUUAUAACACUUUCCAGACUUUCUGACUGCAAUCAUUUGGCACACGUAAUAUUUUCUUUGGCAAAUCCCAAAAGUUUAUAUGUUACUGUACCGUUAUUGCUUUAUUUUACUUUGUAUUUGAGGGUAAUUUCCAAGUACAACCCCUCAGGGGCUUAUAUUUGGAGGGGCUUAUGCUUGGAGGGGCUUAUUUUCAGAAUUUUACGAAUUUUUAUAGAAUCUUAUUUUAUUUGCCGGAAAAUAAUUGGUUCAUUUCAAGGAAUCUCAAAGAAAAGCACAACUGAAAAACACUUUUUUAAAAAUUAGAAUUCGCCGACUAGGCGUAACAUACUUGUUCCCCUUUUUUGGUCACCUACAGGCCUGUUCCUAACAGUACUUUUAUUAGCAUGAGACUGGAAGUAAAUUUUCUGACUUAUGGUUCUAGUCAAUGUUCAAAAUAACUUUUGUAAGAGUAACAUGCAGUACAUUUCAAAAGCCUUUAUCUCAUAGCAAUAUAAACUUGCUCUAUCCUUUGCAGAAGAUGAAGUUCCUAGCGACCAAGAGAUCAUUGACGUAAGUUUUCUAGUUUAAAUGAGUUUCGGCCGAACUAAACGGCUAGAGACGUGCUUACAAUAAACUAGCUACAUGCAGUAAUCUCUAGUAAUCUCUCUUACACCUUCCGCGCGUGCGCACCAAUUGGGGCAAGCAAAGUUUCAUUUUUCACCGUCUAAGGCCUGGCACAACCUAAACAAUGACAUUAAAAACAGCAAAUCAUUGUCCUUCUUUAAGGCAAAGCUUAAAACUUUGUAAAUAAUGGCCUAUCUAAUUGUUAAACUAUGAAAAUAAGUUUUAUGUGUAAAUAUCAGUUUUUAGCUCUUUUUUCAGUUUUUAAUUUUUAAAGUGGGAGAUUUUUUUUUAUCAGUUUGUCAUUUAUAAUUUGCAGUGCCCUCACUGAAAACCGCUAAGGCGUGUGGGCUCCUGGAUAAAUUAUUAUUAUUAUUAUUAUUAUUAUUAUUAUUAUUAUUAUUACGUCUCAGUUAAAAAAAACUACAACUAGGCAAAUUUUAAAUAAAAUGGAAUCUAUAAAGCAUGAUUUAUACCGUUGUUUUUGUUGUAAUGUUUUAUUGUUUUGUUUUGCUUGACAUUAAAUUGUUUUACUGUUUAUAGCUUGUGGACCAAAUGUCAGAACAGAACAAUUCGUCUGAUGUAGACGUGGAUGGGAUAGAAGCAACCAGAGAAGGAACCAAGCAACCAAGCAACCAAGAAGGUAGCAUAUUACAGGCCUGUAGGGAGGAAUGGGGGGGGGGGGGGGGGGGGGGGGGGGGGCCCCCCCCCCCCCCCCCCCCCUCAGGACUGAAUCAAGGUCCCUCUAUUUUGCUCUCUGAACACAUGCUUAUUAACACAUCGUAGCAACAUCACUUUCCUUUUAUGUCUUUUUAUUUAAAGUUUUUCUUGAUUCUAACCCUUGAUUCAGUCUAUGUUCUUUCAUCCGAUGACUUGUUUUAAAUUGUUAUGUUUUUUGUUUUUUUUUUUUUUUUUGUUUUAUAUUUUUUUUUUUUUUUUGUUGUUAGGCAAAAAAAAAAAAAAAAAAAAAAAAUGUUGUGAGUAGAGGGGGGGGGGAAAAAAAAAAAAAAAAAAAAAAAAACCAAAAAAAAAAAAAAAAAAGAAGAAAAUAAAUGGGGGGGGGGGGGGGGGGGGGGGGGGGGGGGGGGGGCGGUGCGACGGGUGCGCUCUCACCUCCUCCCUCACUCACAGGCCACAGAGGUUCACUUUUUCGUUUUUGUUUUUGUUUUUUAGCAAAGUUAUAAUAUGUAUUUAUAAAAGCGGUUCAACAACCUUACGGGUUUCUUUUCAUAGUUUUCAGAAUUGUUAUUUUAAUAGUGAGUAGGAGAUUUGACAUGCUGGUCCCAGCUCUUUAGCGUUGCUUGCACGAUAUUGUAGCUCCUAUUAAAGCUACCCUACUCUUGUAAAAAGUUCCACUGCCACUCGGUCAAGAGUGUUGCUUGCAUCGGUCAACCCCAAGCCUUUUCAUUUAAAUUAGAAUUAUGCAAGUCUUACGACUGGAGCGGGAUAAGUGUCAUCAUCCCUCCUUUUGCCGUGACAACUGCUACAUAGGGAGCAACAUAGUUUUGUAUUUUUGUGGCGAAAGUGGUACAACCGUUCUGACUGGGUUAAUGUUGACCUUGCGCAUUUAUGAGGGCGUUUCAUUUAUCACUGCCAUUUUCCAACUGGCUCAGGCUAAGCAGCCAGUUACAAAGGGUGGAUCUCGGGUACACUUGUGCUUGAAGGAGAUGAAGGAAUUAAUUGAUCCAUUUUGUACAGCCCUUUGUUUUUGAGGACAGUUUAAAAUAUCUGCCGUUUCCCGUGGCCAAAAAGUAAUAUUUGCAGGUACAAGGGAGACCCUUCGCUUCACUGGCUCUUAUUCACAUCUAUUAUCUAUUUAUACAAUGUUAUUUUUAUACUCAUCGUUUUCCUAUCUCGGCCCGCAAAUAGCAAGAGCUAGACGAGGCGGGUGGUAGUGGAAAGGUUACAGCAGUCGAUCAUAAAUAAUAAAUUAAAAGACACUAUGAAGAUUAUAUUAAAGCAAACUAAAUAAACUAUGCCGAUAAAUAAGAAUUACAGAAAAACAAGCUAGAGUUCAAUAUAAAAUAGUCUUACGGAAUGGAACUAUAAGACAACUGCACUAGAGUGAAAUAACCUAUCAAUUAUUUGUGCAUUAAGUCGUGGUUGCAGAAUUUGCGAUUUUUUUUAGCAGAAUGGGCACUUCAACCUAAUCAACCUCUGCAUUCCAUCCUCUGCUUCCAUUAUCGAGAGCAAUAAGUCAUAAAAAUGUUUUUUACAAAUUCCUUUGGAGAGUUGACGAAAUCCGUUGGGCAUUGCGUUCCAAAGUUUAGCUCCAAACCUGGAAAAACAAUCGAAAGAAAGAAGUUCUGAAACGGAAGUCCUGAUGUGUUUCCUAAGAACCACCCAAGGAAGUUUGAGUUUAGGACACUACUGAUAGAUCAUGAUGAUCAGCAACCAUAGGAAAGCGAAUUAUACGGAUUUACAACUUUCUUCCUAUUUUUUUUCUAACAAUGUUCAAAAUAACUUUUGUAAGAGUAACCUGCAGUACAUUUCAAAAGGCUUUUAAUCAUCUCAUAGGAAUAAAAGAGUGUUUUUCCUCUAUCCUUUGCAGAAGAUGAAGUCACUGGCGACCAAGAGAUCAUUGACGUAAGUCUUCCAGUUUAAACAGGAAGUUUCAGCCGAACUAAACGGCUAGAGACGUGCUUACAAUAAACUACAUUCAGUAAUCACUACGUGUCGUAUGUCUCAGUUAAAAAACUACAACUAGGCAAAAAUUAAAAAUGGAAUCCGUAAAGCAUGAUAGCUCCGUUUUUGUUUUAAUGUUUUAUUGUUCUACUUUGCUUGACAUUUAAUUGUUUUGUUGUUUAUAGCUUGUGGAACAAAUGUCAGAACAGAGCAAUUCGUCCUUAUGA